UAUCUGGAACUUCAAGAGUGCCAUCUCUCUUCCGUCUUCACUACUCAAAAUCACAAUAAAAUCUUACAUCGGUAAAAAAAUGGUGGAAAUGGACUAGCGACCAGAGAACUUCUUCAUCGUUUUCCAAGAUUCAGGUAUUGAAUAGAGGAUUUGGAUCUUGUAUUCGCAGUUGGUAGCUCCAGUGCAAAAAAAAUGGCCUCAAAUGCUACAGUAAAAUGUCCAGCCCCCAUGACUGCUACGUCUAAUGGGGUGUUCCAGGGGAACGAUCCUCUCGAUUUUGCUCUCCCCCUGGCGAUUCUGCAAAUAUGCAUGGUUGUUGUUCUCAGUCGUCUCCUCGCUUUUCUGUUGAGGCCAUUAAGACAGCCUCGCGUUAUUGCUGAGAUUAUUGGAGGAAUUUUACUCGGUCCAUCUGCCUUUGGUCGAAGCCAAACUUAUCUGAACAAGGUCUUUCCACCAAAGAGUUACCCAGUUCUGGACACCCUAGCCAACAUGGGCCUCCUCUUCUUCAUGUUCCUCGUAGGCCUAGAACUCGACCCGAGGUCUCUUCGACGCACUGGAAAAAAAGCUUUAAGCAUUGCCCUGGCCGGAAUCAGCCUCCCUUUCGCCCUAGGAAUCGGUUCUUCUUUCGUGCUCAGAGGAACCAUUUCCAAAGGCGUAAGCGAAGCCCCGUUUCUAGUGUUCAUGGGUGUAGCCCUUUCCAUCACUGCUUUCCCCGUCUUGGCCCGUAUCUUGGCUGAACUCAAGCUUUUAACCACUGACGUGGGCCGUAUGGCCAUGUCAGCUGCUGCUGUCAAUGACGUGGCAGCUUGGAUCCUGCUUGCUCUUGCCGUUGCCCUGUCUGGCAGCCAUUCCCCCAUCAUUUCCUUAUGGGUCCUUUUGAGUGGCGCUGGGUUCGUCCUCCUCUGUGCAUUCCUUGUCCCUCCUGUAUUUAGAUGGAUGGCAAAGCAGUCCCCAGAGGGAGAACCGGUGGAUGAGCUCUUCGUGUGCGCGACUUUAUGCACCGUUUUGGCUGCAGGAUUCGCCACUGAUGCUAUUGGAAUCCAUGCCUUGUUCGGGGGUUUCAUCAUCGGAGUUUCGAUUCCAAAAGAUGGGCCGUUUGCUGGUUCUCUUGUGGAGAAAAUCGAGGAUCUCGUGUCUGGAUUGUUCCUUCCUUUGUACUUCGUGUCUAGCGGAUUGAAGACCAAUGUGGCCACCAUUCAUGGGGGUCAGUCAUGGGGGCUUCUUGUUUUGGUCAUAUGCACUGCUUGUUUUGGGAAGAUUAUAGGCACAGUUGUUGUCUCUCUUCUGUGCAAAGUGCCUUUUCAGGAGGCUUUGGCUCUGGGGUUCUUGAUGAACACUAAAGGCUUGGUGGAGCUCAUUGUCCUCAACAUUGGCAAGGACAAAGGGGUGUUGAAUGACCAAACAUUUGCCAUUAUGGUUCUGAUGGCUCUUUUCACAACGUUCAUAACAACACCACUAGUAAUAGCAGUUUACAAGCCGGCGAAUAGGACGCGUAGAUCCGCGUACAAGUACCGGACAAUUCAAAGGAGAGACCCGAACACGAAACUCCGAAUUCUGGCCUGUUUCCACGGCAAUGGGAACGUCCCCUCACUGAUUAACCUCAUCGAGGCCUCUCGCGGAACUGAGAGGCGAACAGGCCUAUGCGUAUACGCAAUGCAUCUCAUGGAGCUUACUGAAAGGUCAUCUGCUAUACUGAUGGUCCAUAAGGCUAGACGAAAUGGGCUGCCAUUUUGGAACAGGGGAGUCGGUCCCGAUUCCAACCAAGUCGUCGUUGCUUUCGAGGCUUUCCGGCAGCUGAGCAACGUGCAUAUUAGACCGAUGACGGCUAUCUCGGCCAUGAACAGCAUGCAUGAGGACAUAUGUGGAAGCGCUGAGAGAAAAACCGCGGCGAUCAUAAUUCUACCAUUUCACAAACACCAAAGGCUUGAUGGGCAGUUGGAGACUACUAGGACUGAUUUCAGGUAUGUUAAUAAAAGGGUUCUUGAACACGCUCCGUGCUCAGUCGGGAUUUUGGUGGACCGUGGGCUCGGUGGGGCUACUCACGUAUCCGCAAGCAAUGUUGAUUCAGUCAUAUCGGUUUUGUUCUUUGGUGGACCGGAUGAUCGUGAAGCGCUUGCCUAUGGGGCACGAAUGGCUGAGCACCCUGGCAUAAGUUUAGUCGUUAUUCGGUUUCUAGUAAGCCCCAACGCUGUGCGGGAGAACAUAGCGCUUGAAAUCCCCGAAGCCGGAGGCUCUAGCGAUGAAUUAAGUUCCCGAGACGAAGAAUUUAUUGGCAAAAUCAAGGAGAAAAUAUCAAGGAAUAGUUCGAUCAAGUACGACGAGAGAGUAGUGAGUAGUGCUGCAGAAGCUGUUGGGAUCAUACGGGAACAAAGCCGGUGCAAUCUGUAUCUGGUUGGACGAAUGCCAGUGGGUCAGCUAGUUGCAAACAUGAACCGGAAUAGCGAUUGCCCCGAGUUGGGACCGGUGGGUGGGUUAUUGACCUCGCCGGAUUUCCCGACAGCAGCAUCAGUGCUGGUGGUGCAACAAUACCAUAGCGAAUUGUCAUCGAGUUCAUUGGCUUCGCUGAAGGUGGGAGACGAAGAACAGGAGAUGGCCGAGAGAGACGAAGAAGAAGAGACAACCGGGAGAGAUUCGGAUACGAAUUGAACCGGGUUUGGAUUUGAUUUCAAUGUGCAACACUUUAGGAAGAAAAGAGAGAAAAUGUUGUGCAGUUUCAAUUCUGUUGUAUUGUAAGCCUGGGUUUUGUUUAUAUACUAUAUAUAAAAAUGAGAAGCCCAAAGUUUGAAAUUAACCAAAGUUUCGUUUCUCA